AUGUCUUCAGAUAAACUUGUCUUCAGAUACGCAUGUCUUCAGAUACGCAUGUCUUCAGAUACGCAUGUCUUCAGAUACACAUGUCUUCAGAUACGCAUGUCUUCAGAUAAACUUGUCUUCAGAUACGCAUGUCUUCAGAUAAGCAUGUCUUCAGAUAAGCAUGUCUUCAGAUACACAUGUCUUCAGAUACGCAUGUCUUCAGAUACACAUGUCUUGAGAUACGCAUGUCUUCAGAUAAACUUGUCUUCAGAUACACAUGUCUUCAGAUACGCAUGUCUUCAGAUACACAUGUCUUCAGAUAAGCAUGUCUUCAGAUACACAUGUCUUCAGAUAAGCAUGUCUUCAGAUACGCAUGUCUUCAGAUACACAUGUCUUCAGAUACGCAUGUCUUCAGAUACGCAUGUCUUCAGAUAA